AUGGCUACAACUUCAGAUGCGCCGCCCACAAGAAUAGGCGUAGCAAGGCGCACGUUAGGAAUCUCCCUUCUCCUCCUUGUGGUGGUACUUUGGACAACCUCAAAUUUCCUAGGAAGCACUAUAUUCGCCGAUAAAACUUAUCCGAAGCCUUUCUUCGUCACAUAUAUCAAUACUUCGCUCUUUACGGCACCACUUUUCGGCGUUCUUCUGAGUCGAACAUUUAUCCUGUGGCGCUCUAAUAAGCUGAGCCAUGUCGACUCAUUUUCAAGUUGGCUCAAGGCCAUGGACUCACCUGAUAAAGUGACAGGCGAGGAAUCAAGAGCCCUACGCCGUGUAUCGGUUGACGAGUCGGCUCGAACAAGUGGUGAAUUCGAUCCAGCGCACUAUGGCUCAAAAGAAGACGAAAAUGAAAAGUUAGGACUAAAGGCGACUGCAAAGCUGAGCUUCCAGUUCUGUCUGCUAUGGGCCGCUAACAAAGCGCAGUUCACAGCAAACUACUUCGCAAUGGGAUGCCUCCAAUACACAACAGUUGGAAGCACAACAAUCCUAACCUCCACAAGCGGUGUUUGGACUCUAGUCUUCGGCGCCUGUCUCCGCGUUGAGAAAUUCACUCUUCGAAAAUUCCUAGGAGUAAUCGCUUCUCUUGUCGGCAUUAUCCUGAUUUCUCGCGUGGAUCUCUCAAAGCCGGAAUCCGACGCUACCCCGACAGAGGAUCAGGGCUCAGGCAAAUUCCCACAUAAAUCAACCGCUGAAAUUGCACUUGGUGACGCCAUGGCUGCCUUUAGCUCCGUCAUGUAUGGCGUGUAUACGAUUGUGAUGAAGAAGCAGGUUGGUGAUGAAUCGCGCGUGAACAUGCCGCUGUUCUUUGGAUUGGUAGGAUUCUUCAAUCUUAUAAUUAUGUGGCCUGGUUUCUUCAUUUUGCAUUGGACUGGUGUCGAGCUGUUUUCGUUGCCGGAAUCAAGGAAAGUGUGGACUAUUAUUUUGGUCAAUGCGCUUGCUUCUUUCAUUUCGGAUAUUGCUUGGGCGUAUGCUAUGCUUUUGACUACGCCUUUGGUGGUGACGGUUGGUCUUAGUUUGACUAUUCCCUUAUCACUUGUUGGGCAAAUUGUUCUACAGGGGCAGUAUGCCAGUGCAAUUUAUUGGGUUGGGGCCGCUAUUGUUUUCUUCUCGUUUUUGGUGGUCAAUCAUGAAAGUAAGACGUUGGAUGAUGGGGCUCCUGUCGGUGGAGCUGGAGCUAGAGCGUCAUCUGGGGAGUAUGAAAGUAUUCCCUAUGAGGAGGUUCAUUGA